AUGACGACAUCGAGAGACGCGUAUGAUUUCUCUAAGGCUUGUCUCUCUGCGCUGCUGGCUGCUGUGUUGUUCUCAUCGAUCCCUUGACGGGAUCUCCGGAUGGAGGAUAUAACAUGCAAACAGAUGAGCGAGAAGCGGGGAUCAAAGACCGAGGAGGUUGCAAAACAAGAAAUGGGAUUUAGCAUUUAUCUCCUAGCGCUAUACGCUGCCACAUGCAAUAUGGCGAUGAGGUUUACGUACGAUUCAGCGCGUACUGUGCCCAGGUAGGUAGACAGGUAGACCUUAGGUAGAUAGAUAGAUAGAUAGAUAGAUAGAUAGAUAGAUAGAUAGAUAGAUAGAUAGAUAGAUAGAUAGAUAGAUAGAUAGAUAGAUAGAUAGAUAGAUAGAUAGAUAGAUAGAUAGAUAGAUAGAUAGAUAGAUAGAUAGAUUUAAUUCUAUUUAAUGGACCAUUUAAGAAAUAUCUGUUCUCUAAUUAAGUAAUCAGAAUUUAAUAUUAAAUAUUUUACAUUUUGUUCUUGGCUUUAAUACGGGUCGGAGAAAUUUUAAUAUUUGCAACCUUAAUGUGAUAUGUCACUAUUUUAAAGCGUAAAUUUCCUAUAAUGAUUUGACGUAAAAUCAAUUAAUUAAAUUAAUAUCGAGUUCGUAAAUGAAGUCAGUUUUAGAUUCUAAUCCAAAUGAGAUUAUGAUCUUUUUCUUUGCAGUGACUUUAUAGGUUUUGGGUUUUAUCCCAAAUAGUCAACAUCAUAAUCCGAUCGAGUUAAAUUAUAAAGUUUUAUUAAACUAAAUUAAACUGAACCAUCUUUUGUGUAAACUACCACUAUUUACAGAGCAUCAUCAUAUUGCUAUCAGAAAUUUCACAAAACGAUGAAAAAUGCAUAAAAACAUGGACAUAAUGACUUGGCUAUGUAAUCUAUAAAUGAUAUACUUUAAGUAAUUGCACAUAUGACUAUAUUAGAAGAUUACAACGCAAAAGGCAAAGAUGAUGACGUUAGUAUGAUUUUUGUUGCGUAGUGGGUGCUUUAUUUAAUGCUGGUACAGUAAUAAGAUUAGAAGUCUAAUCCCUGGGGAGACGGGAAUAGCCCAUCGCUAUCCCACUCGAGACUAAGAAUAAGAGAAGAACCUGAGCAACCCGUGUCUUUACGCAGCCAGUACCUUCCCCUACGUUUCCAAACUCUUUAACAUUCCUUAUUCCUGCACUGGACUUGCCAUCCCGGUGAGGUAGAGAUUUUGAGAGACCGCAAUAUCCGAGUGGAUGGGCCCACACUGACACACGGAGAUAAUCUCAGGUGAAUCAAAUCAAGUGAGGCCAAAGGAUUGACUUGCCACAGGUCCAAAGAGAGAGCGAUAACGUCAGAGCCAGGGAGGUUGAUGUCCCAUAUUUCGGCAGCUACGGGUCAUUCGAGCUCUGAGAUGGUGCUCACCUGAGAGUCACUUACAGGCUCUGCUAUGACUGUGGACAUCGGCCAAAGGGGAGAUUCUUAUGGCGUUUCAUGAAAGGUCCCAUGGGGGUGCUCUGAUGGAAUUCAUCAGAGCUCCCAGGGCAAAUUACACUAUAUUUGGAGAGGCGAUCCGCUAUGUCAUUCCGGCACAUAUGCAAUGUUCAAUCGGCUGUGGAGGUCAAGGCUGCAAGUACGACAACCCAAAUUACUGGCGUGACGACCAACAGGCGAUCAAAGGCCUCUACUCGUCAUGGGUGACUGAACAUCUUCUCGCAAUGUCCAGGCCCUCGACUGAAGUCAUUGAAAAGUAUAACAUUAUCGAGCAGUUCAGAAGGAAUGGCAUCAAAACGGUGAUCAACCUUCAGAUACCCGGCGAGCAUGCAAGUUGCGGUAACCCUCUGGAGCCCGAGAGCGGUUUCUCCUACAAUCCAGAGGCCUUUAUGGAAAAUAACAUUUAUUUCUACAACUUCGGUUGGAGUGACUAUGGAGUGGCCAACCUUACUACAAUCUUGGACAUUGUGAAAGUCAUGGCCUUUGCACUGCAGGAGGGGAAGAUAGCUGUCCAUUGUCAUGCGGGUCUUGGGAGAACAGGUGUGUUGAUGGCAUGUUUUUUGGCCUAUGCCACCAGGAUGACAGCCAAUCAAGCUAUUUUAUAUGUUAGAGCCAAACGACCCGGCUCCAUCCAGAUGCGCAGUCAGCUGAGCUGCGUCCGUGAGUUCGUCCAGUUCCUCGCGCCCUUAAGGAGUGUGUUUUCUUGUACUGAGCCUCGAUCCCAACCUGUCACCUUGACCCAGUACCUCAAUCGUCAGAGACACAUUCUGCAUGGCCCAGAGAGGAAAGAAUUGAGGUACCUGCCGAAGAUUAUCCAACUGGUGUCCGGGCUGCUGUUGGAUAUCGCGGAGAAUCGCCAAGUGAUUGAGGAGGACAUUUUGGAGGCGCCGGACAUCCAUGAUAUUGAGAUGACCCUGAGCAUCAUUGAAAAGCUCGGACCUCAGUUGUGCACAAAGGAACCUCGUUUGCCAGGUUCCCCCACCUUACCUCGGCAUUUUCACGAACCACCCAUCUUCUACCAUCGCAAGAGUCUUAGUUACAGCGAGUCCGAUCUACGGCGUCUGGGCUCGCAGCUCAACCUCCUUACACAACCCAUGGGCUCGCUCUCGCAAGGUAAUGUGGCCAGGCCCGUUUCCCCAUCUGAACCUGGCCAACUGGUCACCCAUUGGAAGAGUUGGAAUAGUAAUACGACCGACAUCUCCUCAAGCUCAAGAGGAUCACUCUGGCAGGUCAAAAAUGAUGAAAAGAAUGGCUCUAUUUUGUUGAAGAAAGUAAAGCAGAUGCCCAUCCAACGAAGCGGGUCCGUCGGACACAACGGCCCGCACGAAAAAGAUAGCAUGCUCUCCAGAUUGAAGGCUGAGCAGAGGGAGGAAUUGGCAGAAAACGUGAGUCAGUCUCAGUCUCGAGAUGAGGAGCAUUCGGAGGUGCCGUACAUCACUCUGCAGUCUGAGUUGUCUCUGGAGGCCAGGAGACUGCUGGUGGCUCAAGCUCUGGCGGUUGACCUUUUUAUGGAUGGGGCAGAAGAGCAAAGGAACAAGGUGUUAACUUGGCAGGCAGAGCUGAAUCAAGGCGGUGCAUGGGAAAGGCUGUGCAUGGAGCGCGAUCCCUUUAUCCUCACAGGUCUGAUGUGGGCAUGGUUAGAGCAGCUUAAGGAGCCAGUCAUCUCCCUCCAGGACGCCAUGGCCCUGAAGCCUGAAAACGCCCAUGCUCAAACUCUCUUCAACACACUUGGCCAGGCACCCAAAGAAACAUUAAUGUGCAUACUGGAAUGUAUGGCUCAAUUACUAAGUGCCGUGCCAGAAGUGGUUGAAGAUGCAUUUCUGAAUCGUACUAUCAAGGCUUUUACUUGGAUGGAAAGCAGUUCCACCGACGGAAGCCAAGUGUACGAGUCCAUGACUAGAGUCCUCCGGCUUGUCCUCGAGGAUAUAAGAUGUGUUGCCAGCAAAGCAGAAGAGCCGACAUCAUCUCCUUCAUCUUUAGUGUAGAUGAUAUACUACGUAUGGAAACACGGAGGGGACACUUUGUGCCUUAUAAUAAAAAUAUUUAUUCUGUCAUAAUUAUUAUUAUGUGAUGUUGUGAGAUGAACACAAAUAGUGAUAUGUACUGCCCUAGCACUUCUUCAUCCCCACACUGCACUGUUAACCCUAUGAAGAACUGUUUUUUUUAUGCAAUGUUCUGCCUUAAGACCUGUCACAUUCAGCUCCAGGGCUAGUGAAGUCCUACACAGGCUUGUUAUCAUGCACAUUAGCGUAUCAUGUCAUCCUUUUGUAAAUAACCCCAAAACCUCUGAAUAAAAGCAUGCAUAAUUUACGAUCAA